AUGUUGCCGGCUGACUGCUCGCGCCGGCUGCUGACCGAGCUGCAGGGCGCGCUGGACUCUGUCGCGAAGCGACAGCAGCAGCUGGACCGGAGCCUGCGCGUCUGCCGGCGGUUGCUGGGGACCUGGAAACCAGCAGGGGCCCCAGCUCCAGAACCGACCUCGGGCCCGGCAAGAACGGAGAAGGACCCAUCUCCAGCAAACGCCCCCUGCCCUCGAGACCUCAAGGAGCUAGAGCUUCUGACCCAGGCGCUGGAGAAGGCCGUACGAGUUCGAAAAGGCGUCUCUAAGACUGGGAAGGGAGACAGCGAGCCCAGCCUGAAACCCAGGACCUCGACCACCCUUCUUGCCGCCCCAUCCUCUGUUCCAAGUCGGGCAUCAGAAAUUAAAGCCCCCAGGGGCAUAAGCCAGCCCAAGGUGAAGACCUUGGGGCACUCAGAGCGCAGGCGUCUAUCCCCGGGGGAGAAGACUUCUCUGGGGACAGGAGCUCCUGCCAGAUAUCUCAGCCGGGAGGACCAACAAGUGACCCCAUCAGCAGCACCUCCGAAGGCAGAAGCAUUCACACUCAAGGAUAAAGGGACACUGCUCCGGCUUCCUGUGGCUUUGCAGAAGGCAGCUGCCCAGAACUCCCGCCUGUGGGCCCAGAUUGACUCCACGCAGACUGGUGACGUGGAGAAUGCCGCUGCCAGGGCCCGAUUCCUGCAGAAAAUGAAGGCAGCUGUAUCCUUUUGGGGCGUCCAGGGAUCCUUUAGCUCCAAACCUGGUGGGGAGUCCCCUGGGCUGCUGCUUCAGUCUAGCCGGCCCAUGGCAAAGCACAAUGGGGCAUCAGACAUAGAGGCAGAGCUGGGGAGCCUGAGGAACGCCUGCACCCUACUGCGGCUGCACCUGGGGGACAAGCUGGCAGCAGCCCCAGCUGGCUGGGUGCAGGAGUACCGCUGUAUGCUCACCCUGGAGGGCCUGCAGGCCAUGGCCGCCCAGUGUCUCCACCGGCUGCGGGAGCUGCAAGGAGUGGUGGCAGAACAGCACUUGGAGCUGGGGGCUCUGGGACUGCCCCCUAGGACCUCGUCCCUCUGUGGAGGAGGCAGGAGUGUCCACUGGAGCACCCCACUGCUUCUGUACUCCAGCCCCGGAGAACUGCAGACGCUGGCGGCCCUCCGCCUGCGUGUGGCCAUGCUGGACCAGCAGCUCCACCUGCAAAAGGUCCUGAUGGCUGAGCUUCUCCCCCUGGCGCGACCCUCAGGGCCAGCCCAAGUAGCCCUGUUCAGGGCCCUGCACAGCCUGCUCUGUGAGGGGGGUGCACGCUUCCCCACGGUGCUGCGGGAUGAGCCUGUUGACCAGCCUGCCGGAGCCCAGUCCCGGCCAAUCCGCUCUGACAUGGCUGGCGGGGAGGGGAGAUGGGGCUGCGCGGGCACCCACUCCCACCCAGCCACCCCCCUGUGCAGCCCCUGCUCCGUUAGUAUGAGCGUGCUGGAUCCUGCUCCCGCCCCGCGGGGUCCCACGUUCCAUGAAGCCCUUGGCGAGCUGCUCUUAGCUACCGGCGGUGCUGGGGGCUCAUGGCCAAGCUGUCUCCUGCCGUUCGGGGUCCUAGCCUUGGUGGCCGGCGCCUCUUCCACGGCUAUCACCUUCUCACUGGGCGGACCCCGCCUGGACCUGGCCCAGGGUGCUUCGCUGGCGACGCUUGGCACUGGCCUCGGGCUCCUAGUCGUCGCCUUGCUUUGCAGCUCGGCCACGCCCCCGGCUGGGCCCCGGCUCGCGCCUGCUGCGCCCCCCACCCUGCUGGCACCGUGCACCGCCCUCGCUGCAGCAGGAGGAGGCUGCGGCCAGCCGCCUAGGCCCCGCCCGCUUGGCCCUUCCCGGGAGGCCGCAGACCUGCUCCGCCCGACCCUCGGCGGUGAGUGCGCGGUGGGCGGCGGGCAGCGGGCCUCCGCAGGCGGGGGCGCCGGGAGCGAGCGACGCCUGUCAUCGCGGUGGGCCCAGCGGGAAGACUCGCUCUCUGCAGCCCUGCGCGGCCCGGGGCGCGCCCACGACUGUGUCCACCCAGGGCCAGGCAGCGGCUGCAGACUGACAGCAGACCUCCUCGAAGGCGCGCCCGCGCUGGCCGCAGGCUGA